CAUCGUACUCAGAAUUGAAGACUGUCAAAUGUUGUUGGGAGCAAAAUGGGCCGAAUUAAAAUAAGUAAAUGGUAUGGGCCUGGAGAUGGGAGGGAGGCCCAGUUGAGUACCUUAUGGUUUGAGCCGAGCCGAGUCAAGCCGGCCGACGGCGAGCGAUCACCGGCCGUCUCCGCGAUCAUCGGCCCCCGUCGCGUUGGGGAUUCCGCCAAGCCCAAUUCUUGGGAACCAAUUCGACUUUGUAAUUAGGGGAAUCGUCAAAAAUUCCCUUCCUAAUUCAACGAACCCAAAUCCCUAACCAUCGACGUUACGUAAUCCAGUCACCAAUGUCAAUGCUGCCGAAAAUGCGUGGCCGUCGGCCCCACGCGCGCCCCCCGCCGAUGCCCUCUUACCCUACUUUUCUCCAGCGCAUUUCCCCAAUCGACAUUCGCCGCCUACCCUUCCAUCGCCCCACUUCUGCAAUUUGAUCGAAUCUUUAGGGUUCUGUUCAAUCCAUGGAUGAUUUGACGGAAUCGUCGACCCCUCCGGCGCCGCCGUCAAGGCAAGGCCCCUUCCGGGAGGACUGCUGGACGGAGGACGCGACGUCGACGCUUGUCGACGCCUGGGGCCGCCGCUACUUGGAGCUUAAUCGGGGGAAUCUCCGCCAGAAGGAUUGGCAGGAGGUGGCUGAUAUCGUCAAUUCCCGGCACGGCCACACCAAGAAGACUCGCCGGACUGAUGUCCAGUGUAAGAAUCGGGUCGACACUCUCAAGAAGAAGUAUAAGGUGGAGAAGGCGAGGAUCUUAGACUCUAACGGAACCCUAACGUCGCCGUGGCGGUUUUUCUCUCAGAUGGAGCUUUUAAUUGGGCCGUCUAGUCUCACCAAGCAUCAGAACAAACUGACGCCGUCAUCUUUUCCGUUACCCCCGUCCCAAUUUACACCGUCCUUAUCUCUCCCCAUGCCUCCGAUGGCCGUGCCGUUGUCCUACCGCAAACCGGCUAAUUCAGCGAUUAUAUCUCCGGUGACUUUGCCGAUGAAGCGUCCGACGCCGAUGCCGUCCGUGGACGGUCCACACUUCAAGAAGAGUUAUUUUCCAAUGGCUGCUGCGGAAGAUGAGCAGGAGGAAGAAGAAGACGACGAAUUGGAGCGGGGUGUUCCAAAGCGAAGCAAGACUAGGGUUUCGGAGGAGGAUGGGGAGGUGGGAGAGGAAGGGAUGCGAAGAUUGGCGAAGGCCAUAGAGAGGUUUGGAGAAAUUUUUGAGAAAGUUGAGGGUAUGAAGUAUCGACAGAUGGUGGAAUUGGAAAAGCAGAGGAUGCAGUUUACCAAAGAUUUGGAAGUUCAGAGGAUGCAAUUGUUUAUGGAUACUCAGGUUCAGCUAGAGAAGAUGAAGCAUGCCAAACGAUCCGGAUCAUCUGAUGAUUAGGUAUUAGAAGAAUGGUAGCAGCACCGGGGCACUUCAUUCACCAUACAACACAAUUUUUCCCGGUCUACAGUUGAAGAAGAUUUUACCUGAAAGGAAAUUGGAAAGCAGUUCUGUUGGCAAGAAACUCAUUUCAUUGCCUCCAGAGCUCUUGCUUUCUUGUCUGCUGUUACGUUAUAUUUGCAGUGGCAGAAAUAUUUAGACAACUAGGUUCGAUCUUUUAAGGUUUCGUCGUGAGCUGACUUGCAUUUGUGGCUCUGUUUAAAUAUCCAAUAUUUCUUCUUUAUGUGAAGUUGAUGGUUUAGUUGCUUAUCAAAUUUACAUAUGCAUUGGCUGAAUACACAUUCGGACAAUGCCAAUGCUAAGUUGUACAGAUCUUAUGGUAACAUCGACACUGUUCUUUUCAUCUGCUGAUUGAUCUUAUUUCUUUCAA